AUGGCCACAUCAUCAACCCCCGAGCAAUCAAUUGCAGAUAAAACGAAAGCUGAAGACAGUGAAUUUCAUCCUCUAGAUAUCUUCAGAACAUUCGUAUUUCUCGCUCUCAUUAGCAGCGUUUUAUCGUACUUCAUCACUCGUGAAAGUUUCACAUGGAGUAUUGAAAGACCCAGGUGGGCACGAACUAUCGUCAUCAAAGCAUGGCUGAUGGGGCCUCAGAAUUACAGUGACGAUGAUCUUAAGGCUUUCAAUGGAACUGACCCCAGCAAACCAAUUUUACUAGCUAUCAACGGUACCAUAUACGAUGUUUCGCCAGGUCGUCGCUUCUAUGGCCCUGGAGGUUCCUACCAUUUUUUUUCCGGGAGAGAUGCUAGCCGAGCAUUCGUGUCAAACUGCUUUGAUGUUGAUCUAACGCCAGACAUGCGAGGCUUGGAAGAAAUUUUCUUACCACUUAACGACCCUACUAUCGAUUCGCUAUAUAGCUCCGGUGAUUUGAAAAACCUGAGGCAGAAAGAACGACGGGAAGCCUUCCAGAAAGUAGAUCAAAGCUUGAGGAAAUGGGUAGAAUUUUUCGCAAACCAUAAAAAGUAUGUGAAAAUUGGGCUUGUGAAGAGGGACGACGGUUGGGAGUUUCAGGGACCCCCGCCCCCUUUGUGUGAAAGUGCUAUGGCCAAGCGAAAGCCGAGGGAAGGACCACUCUCAAGAAAUGACAAGAAUUAG